AUGUCUUUAUUUGGAGUAUUGAAAGGAGGUCCUAGUGGUGAUAUUAUUGAUAAUACGUUAAAAGAUUAUUUUGCGAAUGAUAUUACUCAGGCAUUAAUACUAGAGGAUAAAUUGAUAAUUAUCAAAUAUUUAGUACCAUUGACACCAACUUUUCAGGUCAGUACAUUAAAUUACAUUUUUAGAUUAUUUAAUAAUGAUUCAUUAUUGUUAUCGCAAUUGGUACGAUUUACUUCUGAGUUAGAACCUUGUAGGAAAGAAAGAUUAUUAUAUGAAGAAUUCCUUAUAAAAUAUAUUUCAAAGAAUCCAUCUAUACUAUACAAUUAUAUCGCAUCAUUACCAUUAAAACAUAACAUGUUGCAAAAAAAUAUUAUUAAAGCAAUGUUUUUUGGAAGUCAAAUUUAUAAUGUUUUAUAUAAAGCAGAGAGUGAUUUUACGAUUUUUCAAUAUAUAGAAAUAUUAGUUGAUCACUGGGAACAUAUUUUUGAGAAAUUAAAUGAUGAUAAAGAUUUUAAAUUUUGGAAUAUUCUUGCAGAUUUUUUAAGUCGAUGUUUUUCAUUUCAUCCCAAAUAUGUACCUUCUUCUAUGGUUGAUCACAUUUUUUUUAAGCAUUCUUCAAAUUUUCAAGUAUUAUUAAAAAUUUUGAGUGAAGGAUCUCUACUAGAAAGAUCUAAGAUUAUUGGGACUUAUAUUUUACCUCAUUUGGAAUUGAAAUGUUCAUCACAAAACUAUAACACAAUCUAUAAAAUUAUCAAAAGAAUUUUUGACCUCGACAACCAACAUUUACCCAUUAACUUAGAAGUCCUUUUAUCCUUUAAAUCAUUAUACUUUCAAGAGAUAUUAAUUAGAUCAAUGGCUAAUAACAAAAAUAAAAAACUAGAAGUACUUGGAGAUUUACUUGAGCGUUUUGAAGAUAUUUCAAAUAAUUCAGAUUCAUUUGACGAAGAAGUUAUUAAUGAUAAAGAUGACCGAAUUUCAAAAAUACUUUUCAUAGCUUUGAAAUAUAACUUCUCUAAAGAAGAAAGAUUUGAAUUAUCACAAAAUGAAAAAUUUUUGAAUUGCGUCACUUCUAGACUUCAGAAUAGAAAUACUGCUAUAAGAGAGAGAACAAUGUUUUUGGCUAAAUAUUUAACAGCUAACGAAUUAAAAUAUGAGAGUGACUAUAGGAUAGAUAUUCCUGAUUUAGUAUUACUAAACGACAUUGCAGAGAUCAAUUUUUCAGUAUUGUUUAAUUCCAAUACUGAAAAUAAGAGAAAACUUCAAACUAAUGAAGUGACAAAAAUUUCAACUGAGAUGGACAUUUUAUCAUUAGAAGAUAGUGAUGAUGAAGAUAGCGAUGAUGAAGAUGAGGAUGAAAAUAAUAAUAGAGGUAAGCACAGAAAAUAUAUCGUAUUUUUAAAAGAUUUAUUAAAGGAGUACAUUGAACUCAACCAAAAUCAAAGAAAUGAUUUAGUAUCAUUAUUAAAAAGAACUGUUAAAUUGGUUAGACAAAAACGUUUAUUACCGCUGGAGGUGAGUUAUUAUGCUGAAGAAUUAAUGCAAAAUAUUGUCAUUUUGAAUAACAAUUUUGAAGAAAAAAAUUUUGAACAAUGGAGAAUAAUGGCAUUGAUAAGUUUAAUAGUUGUCGUCCCAGAUAAGAUCGAUGGGCUUUUCAAGAUUUUAUUCAACGCAGAACUUUCUUUACAGCAGAGAAUGUCGAUAUUAAGUAGCAUAGGGUUAGCAAGUAGGGAACUUCGUGGAAUAGAUGAUAAAGAAGUAUUAAAAGCUGAAUACGACUUUCCAUCUAAAAGAUUACCAUGGGACAAUAGAGACGUCAUAAAUACGUCUGAAAAAAUUGACGAUAUAACUAAUAUGGAAAAUGAUCAAAAUAAUUUGAUUUCUUCUAGCACAGUGACAUGGAGAUCUAAGAAGCUUGAUAUAAUUUCUGGAAAGCAGAUGUUAAAGAAAAAGAAUGAAUUUCGUAUAUACGCCAGUAAAUUUUUCUAUCCCUUAGCCAAUGGUUGGCUAAAUGGGAUAAAUUUAGGGUCAUAUGAUAAAAUCUUCAAAGCACAUUAUAUGGCAACAUUAAGAAUUGUUUACUCGUGUGCAGAUCCAAUACACAACUAUGAAUUAAUGACACAAAUGAUGGAGAUAAUUAUAAAUCAAGCAAUUGAACAAAAGGUACCUAUAGAUGUGUAG